AUGGACGCAUCUGACCAAGAGCCCCUGGUCGACAACAACCCUCAACUACAAGGCUACUACCACUCCCUCGAGUCCCGAAUCGGAUACCGACUUCUCCUCGGCGGAACGCGCCACUUUGGCUUCUACGAGCAUGAUACCUGGUGGCCCUUCCCUCUCGGCCGGGCCCUCCGCGCAAUGGAAGACAAGCUCGCCGCCUCCCUCGACCUACCGCCAGGCGCACACGUCCUCGAUGCCGGCUGCGGCGUUGGCCACGUCGCAAUCCACCUAGCGUCCAAAUACGGAUAUAGGGUAGACGCAAUCGAUGUAGUCGAGCACCACCUGGCCAAAGCUCGUCGGAAUAUCACUGCAUCAGGUUUACCGGAAAAGCAGAUCACACUCCGCAGAAUGGACUACCACCACCUUGAGAGUCUGGGUACCGAAACGCUCGACGGUAUCUAUACAAUGGAGACAUUCGUGCAUGCAACGGACCCAGAGGCCGUCCUUGCAGGCUUCUAUCGCGCUCUCCGUCCUGGCGGCAGAGUUGCGUUGUUUGAAUACGACCAUGAGAUGAGCGACGAGUCGCCGCAGUUAAUGGUUGAUUCAAUGAAGAAGAUAAACGAAGUUGCCGCGAUGCCAACGAAUAGUCGCUCGCAUCCUGGCGUGUUCAAGUCUAUGCUUGAGGAUGCUGGGUUUAAGGAUGUGGUUAUUCGCGAUUACUCGGAUAACAUCGUCCCUAUGACGAGAUUGUUUUACGUGCUUGCGAUCAUUCCUUAUUUGAUCAUCUCGCUUUUUGGCUUGGAGCGGUAUUUCAUCAAUACUGUUGCGGGUGUUGCUACGUACCGUGGCCGGAAGUAUUGGCGGUAUUUGGCUAUCACUGCUACGAAAACUGGAGAUGGAAUUGAGGUGGCGAAGGAUCGGUGA